GGAACGCGCUAUAAAACCUGCGCCGGUGCCGCCGGGGGACAGAGGCGGGCGCCGGACCUGCAGCGGGGCCAGCCGGGCCGAUCUGGGGCGCCAAGUCUCGUCUCGUCAAAGCGGGAGGGAAAAGCCCGAUCAUGCAGAGUGUGCAGAGUCUGUCGAAGCGGUGCUUUUGCCUGGGCUUUCUGCUGCUCCACGUCCUGGGACAGGUCGCUGCGACCCAGCGCUGUCCCGCCCAGUGUCCCGUGCGGUGUCCCAAGACGCCGCCAACCUGCGCCCCCGGGGUGAGGGCCGUGCUGGACGACUGCUCCUGCUGUCUGGUGUGCGCCCGCCAGCGCGGCGAGAGCUGCUCGCUGCUGGAGCCUUGCGAGGAGAGCCGCGGCCUCUUCUGCGACCGCAGAGCGGACCCCAACGCGGGAACCGGCAUCUGCAUGGCUGUAGAAGGAGACAACUGCGUGUUUGAUGGGGUCAUUUACCAAAGUGGAGAGACCUUUCAGCCAAGCUGCAAAUACCAGUGCACCUGCAGAGACGGGCAGAUUGGCUGUGUGCCCCGCUGCGAGGAAGACCUGCUCCUGCCCCAGCCUGACUGCCCAGCUCCCAGGAAAGUCGAAGUGCCCGGGGAGUGCUGUGAAAAGUGGAUCUGUGACUCAAAUGAGAAGGCAGAAUUAGGAGGCCUUGCCCUUCCAGCCUACAGGACAGAAGCCACUGUAGGUGUUGCAGUCUCUGACUCAAGCAUCAACUGCAUUGAGCAGACCACGGAGUGGAGCGCAUGCUCCAAGAGCUGUGGCAUGGGUUUUUCCACCCGGGUCACCAACCGGAAUCCACAGUGUGAGAUGGUGAAGCAGACUCGCCUCUGCAUGGUGCGGCCCUGUGAACAAGAACACAAGCAACCGACAGAUAAGAAAGGUAAGAAGUGUCUUCGUACCACAAAGUCACUCAAAGCCAUCCACCUGCAGUUCAAGAACUGUACCAGCCUGCACACCUACAAGCCCAGGUACUGUGGGGUCUGCAGCGAUGGCCGGUGCUGCACCCCCCAUAACACCAAAACCAUCCAGGUAGAGUUCCAGUGCUCCCCAGGGCAAAUCAUCAAGAAACCAGUGAUGACCAUCGGGACCUGCACCUGUCACAGCAACUGUCCUCAUAACCACGAGGCCUUACUCCAAGAGUUAAAGCCAAACACCAGCAGAGGGGAAAUGUAAGAUGUGUUCCUUGAGGAGGAUACCUACAGAGGCAAAGUGUAGCUACCCAACAUCAAAUGAAUAUAAGAAAAAUUAGGAAGAAUUAUUACUUUACCCCUGAGUCCUAUGUAUUGCCUGUAGUCAUAUGAGGUCAGUUAUAUCUGUCUUGUUUUUUUAAUAAAAGAUCUGAUUAACUGUAAACUUGAAAUCAAGUUAAGCUCAGGAUAGUACUUAGGGGUGAUUUACUUUUCUGUGGUAUUGGCUACAAAUGAAAAUUUCUAUAAAUGUAAGAAAUCAGAUACAUGUUUUUACUGUGUAGAUGAUCACAUUACACUCAUCUUACUUUGUUAUACACUAGUGGAAUGUCAAGAAAAUGUCACUGUCACAAAUGUCAGUGAUGUUUAAUAUCAUACUGAACACGUUGUCAUACAAAUAUCUUGGCAUAUAUCUUUGACUUGACAGGCCUCUGUAGAGCGCUCUUUUUGAGCAGCUCAACUCUGAACUUCCAAGUUCAAGAUCUGAGGACACGUGUAGCUGUUCAAUUUGAAAUCCAGAGACCAUUAGUCUUCUGUUUCGUUGCAUACUAGGAAGCAGACUGUAUCUACAGGAAUGGAAUGUUUGUUAGUUAAGUGACUGGUGCGAUAAACUUGCUCCAUUUCACACGAGUUGACUCCUUUCCAAAGAAAGAAGCCAACAGAAAACUCUGCUUGAUGCAGAGGAGACCAGGCCGCUCAGCCCUUCCAUUUCUACACGCUGGAGGCUGCUGGAGCUCCCCACUUUUUCAUUCAGAAGAAGCAGAACAUAUCAGCAGAGACUUUCUCACCUUACUGAUGAGGAAACCGGGGCCCUCUGAUGACUUUCAAAUGUGCUGGUAGUAGAUUUUGAAAAAGAAGAACAAAAUCACCAUGACCGUGGUGGGAAAAUACCAUAAAUUUUAUGGGAGUUCAGAAUUAUUGUAGACAUGCCCAAAACUUAUCCUUGGGCCCUAAUUAUGCAAACUCACAAACAAGAUAUAUGUGUAUACAUAUGUGUAUCUAAUUUGUCAAGCUAUAAGAUAGCCUGCAAACUUAAAUGUAUACAUCCUUUUAAUGUCACCAUAUGUGUUCAGCUUUUCUCUUUUAAAGUAUUUAUAUGUAAAUUAUACAUUUUUUAAUAUUCUUUUUACUUUAUUUGUCAGACAUCACUAAAUAAACACGAUUUUAUCAGUG